CUGCACGCAGACAGCCUACGCCUGAGAGACAGAGACGACGAAGACGACCAGAAAGAGACGCCGCACAGACGCGACGCAGAGCGGACGCGGCCCGCUGUGCCCGGCUUUACCAGGGGGGCUUCAUCGAGGUCUUACAUCUCAGUAGAGUUUGCCAAGUUGCUGCCAGCGCCCACAGUCAUGCUGCGACUUGCGCUCUUGGCAUGCUUGUGCCUCCAACAAUUGCCUACGUCCCACGCCGACGAGGUAGUGCUGGUGUCUCAAGCUCCGUCCGCAGCUGCGGCGGACAAGAACUUCAACGGCACGCUCAGCGCCGAAGUGCUGGCCGCAGCAGCACUCGCAGGAGUCAACAUUACAAUCAUCAACGGAACAGCCUAUGAAGAGUACGAGGUGCCCGACCCCGUGCCGCCAAGCGGAAGCGGCAAGGACGACUCGUUGGCAGCGAUGCUGGCCCAACAGCCCGCCUUGUCGGGUGACAAACAGGCCGCCCCACAACCUUCGACCAUUGCCGCGGUUGUCGCAACUGAAACGGCAAAGGAGCGACCAGAAAAAACACCAGUGACCGCGAAAGAAGCGCCAACCGCCGUGGCACCAGUCAACGAAGCUUCUGUCGUGCCCCUGGUGAAAUCAGACGUCGUUACCACUACGACCACGGCGGCUACGACGUCAACGACAACUCUAUCUACGACACCAAAAGCGGAAGUCACAACCCCGAGUGUUGAGACCACGCCUUCGAGUGGACCUGCGACAGUGAGGGUCGAAUUGGGCCGCCUUUCGGUCUACCCGGUGCCGGCAGUCGUCGAGAACUCCGGUGGCGUGGAACUGUUCUGCAGCGCGGGCUACCACGACUCGGCGAGCAUCGUGUGGACCCUGAACGAUGAACCGCUCGAAGACGUCGUCCAGCGCUCGGUCAUCUCGGGACGCAAGGACUUCUUCCUCAAGUCGCUGCGCAUCCAGGUGGACCGGCUGGAGACGCUGCCGGCGCCCGCCGGCAAGUACGUCUUCGAGUGCGUCGCCAGCGUCGACGGCAACCUGCUCAAGGAGCGCGUCGAGAUCGACUCGCCGUACGGCGACUUCUGCCGAAACGACUCGGAGUGCGCGUCGCGCAACGCCGUCUGCGGCAGUUCGCUGGCGUGUCGCUGCGAUGGAGGCCAUCCCGUGCACCUAAACUCGUCGCAUGUCACGUGCCGGGCUGCCGCGCACCUCGGCUGGCCGUGCAGUUACGACGAGCAGUGUACCUACGCCGCGAACAACUCGCACUGUGGCAGCAAGGGCGAGUGCGAUUGCGUGGAGACGUUCAAGAUGGAGACCUCGCCGCUAGGCAACCUCGUCUGCGUUCCUCGCAAGACGGUCAGCGGGCCGUGUAGCACGGACAACGACUGCAAGGACAUAGGGGCCAAGUGCAACCCUUCGGGUACCUGCCAGUGCCCGCCAGGAACGCUCGAGAACAACGGACGCUGCGUGGGGAAUCUGGUGGCCCCUCAAGGCCCGAAUAACCUGACCGCCCUCCUCAACGCUACGGGCACAGCCGGAACAAACGCCGCUACUGCUACCGUAGAGACUGGCGCCAUGUUCACCGCUGCAAACCUGAGCGCCGCCCCGUCGGACUCCAAGAAGCAGCACAUGCCCGUGCGCAUCCUGAAAGUGCGAGAAUUUCCACGCGGGGCGCCCGUAAAGGAGCACCCGAACGACACGAUGGACGGCCGAGCGCAGGGCCUCGAUGGCGGCGUCGUGAAGGUCGACGUGCCCAUGCACGAGAACGACACCACGUUAGGCAGCCAGCGGAUGCUUACUGCUGACGGCUGCAAGUGCGGGCACUCGGCAGUCAUCUUGCUUGUCGCCACGUUCGCUGUGUUGUUUAUGCCACCGUUGUGAGGUUGCGCCGUGUCAGGAACGAGUGUUUCCUUGCCAGCGUGCUUUGAGUGUCUUUGCGUAGAAUAAAGUUCUUGUGUUGCAUAUAGAGUACGUGGAUUGGCAUGAAUGCGUUCCAGCAGUGAUGGCACUUGCAUGGAAUGAGGUCGUUAUUGAUACAAAUCGCGCGG